CGCAUUGGUGAUACUGAACUAAUGAAAACAAGCAUGGUUGACAAUGUGGGAAAAGUUGUUGUACCUGGAGAGAUUCUCACUGGUUUGCAUGGAUCAGAUCUACCUACAAAAGUGGUAUUAGGUCCAGGAAUACGUCAAGAUUCAGACUCAGUUAUUAUAUCAAAGCCAGGAGUAUUGAAAUUCAAGGAACCAAAUAUUUACUGGGUUGACAGUUUUCAGAAACGCUAUGUCCCUCAAAAAGGAGAUUCUGUAAUAGGGAUUGUAACUGCAAAAGCUGGUGAUGUCUUCCGUGUAGAUGUUGGUGCUAAUGAAUUGGCAACACUGUCAUAUUUGGCAUUUGAGAGUGCGACAAAAAGAAACCGACCAGAUGUAAAGGUGGGUGACAUAGUUUACUGCAAAUUUUUAGUAGCAAACAAAGAUAUGGAGCCAGAGUUAGUAUGCAUAGAUAGUCAUGGAAAGAGUGCAGGACUUGGUGUGAUUGGUAGAGAUGGAGGAAUGCUGGUACAAGUCCCCAUUAAUUUAAUACGAAAGGUAUUGAGCCAAGAAUGUGUUCUUUUCAAGUCACUAGGAAAGAGUCUACAGUAUGAAGUUGCAGUAGGAAUGAAUGGACGCAUCUGGAUUAAGUGUCACACAGUGAUGGAGACUAUUGCUGUAACUAAUGCCAUCUCUGCUUCACAACACAUGACUAAUCAGCAAAUACAGGAAAUGUGUAGACAGUUGGCAGAUUCACUUGCUGGAUUUUAAUGGGGGGGUUUUUCCCCUAAAAAUUUUAUUUUUGAUAUUUUCUGGCAGCUAGUCAAAUUCAGAAACCUUCUGUGGGGCAGCACACCAUUCUAGUGACAGAGUUAUAAACUAUUCAAGUGGAAAAUUUCCGGUUGAGUUUGCAUUGAUAUUGGAUUAUUAGUCUCUGAAAAACAGUAUCAUGCUGAAACCCAGGUUUCCAAAAGAUUCAUAAUAAAUAGGCCCUGACUUUGAUAGUGACUGGCAUUAAUUUACCUAAUAGUUUGAAUAACAACUGAAUCUAUGAAGAACAAUUUAUUGAGAUAAUUUUAUAAAUAAAAG